AUUUUAACCACAUUUUUCUUCUUGAGAUGUAUUAAAUUUGAUUUUGUCACUUCAUCAUUUGAUUCGAUUGAACAUGUACUGCAUACUUAUAUCAACAUUUUCUCCAUUAACAUUGAUUCUUUCAAGUGUAGGCAUAUUUAUGCUCAUCACUCAUAUAUGGCAACGAUAUCGUCGAUUCAGAAAAAUUGCCAAACAAAUUGAUCAACUUCCUGGGCCUAAAGUUUCAUCCAAUCUAUUUGGCCAUCUUUCGUUGGUCUGGAAAUCGGCCAGCCAAAGUGCCAAUUAUCUUCAACAAAUAUUCAACUUGUUGGUAGGUAUCACCAAAAUCUAUCAACAGGAAGGCGAAGGCUUCAUGCGAUUAUGGGUCGGUCCAACACAACCGGUAGUCAUAAUAUUCAAUGCUGAGUGUGCCGAAGGUAUAUUGACCAGCAAUAGUAACAUUGAUAAAUCGCGUGAAUAUGAUUUCGCCAUUCCGUGGUUGGGUCUCGGUUUGUUUACAAGUACUGGUGAUAAAUGGCGUUUGCAUAGGAAAAUGUUGACACCUGCAUUUCAUUUUCGUAUACUCGAAUCCUUCAUUCCAAUUAUACAGAAACAACAAGCGAUCAUGAUGAAAUUGAUAAAAGAGAGAAUUUCAGACCCAAAAUCUAAUUCGAUCGUUGAUGAUAUCAAACCAUUGAUUACAAAUUGUGCUUUGGAUAUCAUUUGUGAAACGGCUAUGGGUGUUAGUAUUGAUGCUCAAACAGAUUUGACUUCUAAAUAUUCAAAAUCCGUACGAAAAGUUUUGGAUCUCUUUACUCAACGUUUAUUAUCACCAUGGCUUUGGAACGAUUUUUUUUUCGGCCUAUCACCAACGGCACGGGAACAACGUGAAACGAUUAAAUUCCUUCAUGAUUUUACCAACACAGUUAUUCAACGAAAACGAAAGGAAAUUGUCGAUCGGAUGGCAAAUGGGGGUGGUGACCUUGCCACAACCAUGAAUGAGAUAGGCACUAAACGUGUGCUUGCCUUUCUCGACAGUUUGCUAACACAAAACAUCAGAGAUCCUCAAUCAUUGACGGAUGAAGAUAUUCGAUCUGAAGUCGACACUUUCAUGAGUGCUGGACAAGAUACAAGCUCAGCAACAGUACAAUUUGCGUUGCAAUUAAUUGGUCAUCAUCCAGAAUUACAGGAAAAAAUCCACGAAGAAUUAGACACUAUUUAUGCCGAUGAUGCAGAUCGAGAGAUCCAGUUUGAAGAUCUUCGCCAAAUGAAAUAUCUGGAGAAAUGUAUCAAAGAAACGUUGCGUAUAUUUCCACCCGUACUAUUCAUUGCCCGCAACAUUCGUGAGGAAUUUCAAAUCAAAGGUCAAACACUUCCGAUAGGCACGACGGUCAUGGUUUUAUUUUAUCAACUUCAUCGUGAUCCAAAAUGGUUUCCGAAUCCAGAAAAAUUUGAUCCAGAGAGAUUUUCGUUUGAACAAAUGAACGGAAGACACGCAUUUGCCUAUACACCGUUUUCGGCUGGGCCUCGAAAUUGCAUUGGACAAAGAUUCGCUAUGCAAACAGCCAAAGCUUUGUUAUCUUCGAUCUUGCGUAAAUAUCGAAUCGAAUCGAUGGUGCCAAUGGAAAAGGUGGAAUUGGCGUUUGGAUCAACAGUUGGACCGAAAAACAAAAUUACUUUAAAAUUCGAACCGAGAUUUUGAGACAUAAAACUUUUUUACAAAUAAAAAAAUGAGAAAAAUAGUAAAAUAAAAUGA